UUUACCAUAUGAAAAAUUGAAGGAUCCAGAUGAUCUUCUUGGCUAGUCCAUGUGGUGUGGGCCUUCUCCUGGUGGUGAAUGAGUGUAUAAUCAGCAUCAUACGCACAACUGUGAAUUCUUUCCAAAUUGAUUUGAUAGCGAAUAAGAUUCUUUUAGCUCCGAUGUGUUCAUUUUGGUUUUCUGUGGAACGGUCCACACAGUGCACAACAACCACCAUGUAUCUUUAGGCUUACCAUGUUGUUUCAGGAUGAUAAGGGUGCCCUGUUCUGUGAUAUCAAAGGGACCCGUUUCUGGCUACUUUGACGUAGAUUUGGGAGCCAAAAUUGCACACUUCGUUCUUAAACUCAGUUUUUUUUUUAAGGUUGGGAAAAACUAAACACCGUUAUUUUUCUUCCUGAUAAGAAAAGUAGACUGUACAGGGCAUUUCUAUUUGCAAUUGUAAGUAAGAAUUUCAGUGCAAGGGGGUUCAAGAAGCUACCUAUUCCUUUGUCUGACACUGAUCUGAAACAUUCUAUUAUUUUAUCCAAUAGAAUACACAGGUAGUAACUUUUUUGUAGUCUGUCUGUUCCUCUGAUUCCAUCUUGUCUUGUUUAACAACUUGUAUAUUUAUGUGACAUUGAAUUUAUCAGUACUUCUACUAUUAGCUUAUGAGUACUGAGGAGCACAACCUUGCUCUCUGUCUGCUAGCCUUAUGACAGACAGAAGUGAUGGACCAAUUGGUAGUCUCCCUGAACAUCUCCUUGUAGAAAUACUGACUCGGUUACCAAUCUGUGAGUGGGUUCAAGUAUCAUGUGUCAGCAAGCAUUGGGCAAGCAUGUUCCAAGGAGAAUACUUGUGGCAAACCGCUAUUUCAAGGAAAUGGCCAUCAGCUGGUUUCCGUAGACGCUGGCCUGGGCCAAUUCCCAGAGGUUCUGCUAGGAGGAGAUUCCAAGCACUAUAUGUCAGCGAGAACCUUUUACCGUCUGGUGGCGAGAUUGAUGAGCUUGUUGGUCACACGUUUCUAUAUUUAAAAGAACAGCUUGAGAGCCUUGUCAUUCCUCCAUCCAGCAUACUUCAUGGCACCAUCAUUGAUCAGUUCAUUGCUUGUGGUAGGACAGGAGAAAAGGCCCAUGAACUUGCUUCAAAUAUAUGGAUUGCAGUCAUUGACAAUUUGGAAGAAAACCAGCAAACUUUCAUGUUGUUAAGACACCUUGCGCAAGAAGGAGAUUUUUUCCUCCCAUUUCCAUAUUCGAGGUCGUAUAAAGUACUGUGGAGGGUGUUCGACAAGCUGUUCACCGACUUCCGUGACUGUUUUAGCAGGGCAGAUUACCAUGACGCGCUAGCGAGUGCUAAGUCUAGGUUUCAGCCAGUACCUUCUUUAUGGCUUGGUCAUUAGCAUAUACAUCUGUUGUUUUUGUUGUGCCCUGGAUGCUGUCUUAGAUGUAGUUGCUAUACUUCCCAAGGUGAAAAGAUGGAUGCUGAGAGCCAAUUCCAAUGGAGGACUUGUAUGUAUUUAGCAGUUAGCUACAAGAAAAUCAAACUAUUGUUCGAUUGCAAGAAAAAGGGGAUGUUCUUGUAAA